UUUGCGCUUUUUGUCCUCUUGCGGUUCCGAAAUUUAGUGAUUACUACAAGUUUAUAUUCUUACAGCACUCUGCGAGGGAAGAAAAAAAAGGAAGUCACUUUUCCGUUACCACAUAUAUAUGAUAGGUAAAAGUGACAUUCAAAACAUAUUUGUAAGCUGUAUAUAUAAGAGCAGACAUGGAGACUGAUGAUUCUGUGUGCAUUAUACCCGAUACUCCAAGCCUGCUGGCGGCAAGAGAUUCUGCCUUUGACUAUAUACACCAAGGUUUGUACUGAUGAUCCUGUUUGCACUAGGCCCAAUACACCAAGUUCUGUUCCUGUUAGAGGAAGCAUGCAGCCUCAGAGAAAUCAUUCAGUUAUAAGCCUGUCAAGUAAUGACUCACUAAGAAUCUUGUCUGGUUCACAUGGAGCCACAUACAAUGGGAGUAAAUCGCCCACAAAGACAAAAUCACCGAUUCUGACUAAAUCAGAUAUUUACAAAAGAAAUGACUUGAGAAAGACAGACAUCGGUAGCAAGAGUGAUCAGUCUGAUAGUCCAGUGUUCAGCUGCAAAAGACAGCUUCUAAAUGACAGAACAGGGCAGAAUACUGAAAGGGACAAACAAAAAAAUAAAACAUAUAUGUCAGAGUCAAAAAUUCCUCCUCUGCCUGGAAGUCCAGAAUUUGCUCGUGAGAGGGCAGAAGUCCUUCGAAAAAAGAAAUUGAAAAAUAAAAUGUCGCCAUUUUCACAAUCAAAAUUUGACUUGUCUCCAUUGAAAGCAGGUGUUAAUUGUUUAUCUGCAUGUAAACCACAAGAAAAUUCGAGAUGGUCUCCAUCCCCAAUAGAAGAUGAGCAUCUAGCAAGUGUAAAGCAAAAUAGUGGAUAUUCAGGAUUUGUUAAGAGUUCAAGUUUAUUGGCACGACCUGGACUGAAUGAUUCACCACAUAGUGCAAAUUCUGCUAGGUCUGUAUGUCUACAUGCAGGAAAUGCUAAGAAAAGAAAAGUUGAAACUGUUUCAAGUCACAAUAGCGAUUGCGUAGUUAGACCAAAAGUCCAAAAGGCAAAACCGACAUAUUCUUGGCCCUCUAGCUCCGAGUCGAGUGAUGAUGAAACUUCAGUGUUUUCAAAAAGUAAGAAAAUAAAAAUGUCAGUGAACAAAACCAGUGCUACAGAAAAUAUAAACUCUGCCCGUGUUGAUCAUAGAUUAUUGUGCAAUGAUAAAAAAUCACUGAAAAGGGUGAGUAGCGAAAAGGGUGUGUCAGGGAUGAAUGGUGACUUUUGUAGUAAUAUUGGAGGAAAAAAAGAAGUGAAGGACAAGAAAAGUAAAACAAAAAGUUGUGCAAGGACCACUGUUACUGGAGGUUUACGGCACGGGCCAAUAGAUUACUUAGACAGUGAUGAUGAAUUUUACAGUUCCUCUCCAGAAUUUUCUUCAGCAGCUAGUCGCGAAAAAUUGGGGAACAGUUCUACUGUUAGAGGAGAAACGGUGUACUCUAGAUUUCACCAUCGCAGUCCAAAACAUUCACACUCAGUCUCCCCAAUUAAAACAAGUAAAAUGUAUAGAAGUGCUACUGCAUUAACCUCACCAACCAAGAGCCCUGUGUUGUCUGCAUACCCAAAGAGGCCAUCAACCUCACACACAAAUAACAGUAAGAAAUCACCAAAAUCACACAGACCUGCGUCUGCUUGCUUAUCAGAAUGUUCUCCAUUUAGACAUGAAAGAGCUCUGCCCAACAACAAAAAUGCAGUUAGUGCACCAGGUAGCAGUGAGAACCCCAUAGAGGUGGAAACCCCUACUACUCCUGAGACACAGAAAGCCUGGCAACAUAUCAAACAGUUGGAGGCAGAUGAAGAGUUUGCACGGCAAAUGCAGGAGCAGUUGGACAUGGAGUUUGCCAUGGCCCUACAGAAUAGUGAUCCACACAGCCACAGUGACAUGGAUACACAGUCACAGGGUACAGAAAGGCUACCUUCUGGAGCUACAAACUUACCUGACCAAUCAGUGGAGGCAGGUCAUCAUUGGCACAUGCACUCACCUGUCAGAUCCAGAGGUACAAGAAGAAGAAAUGUUGGUGGAGUACGAACUAGAAGAGACAGACCAGACAGUGCAUCAGAGGAAGCUGUUCUACAGUUGUUACAACAAACAAUGGAAACAAUUAAUGCUGAACUUGGUGCAAGCUCCGAGUAUGAUGUGCAGUUUGAUCAGUGGUUAGGUCAUUCCCCGAAUCGUGGUAGAAGAAGAAGGGGCAGAGGUCGUAGAGGGGAUAAUGUGUUUAGAGGUUUUAUGUUAAGUCCAGCUGCAGGAGGGAAUGAUUAUGAGCACCUUAUGAAUCUAGCAGAGAUGUUGGGUGAUGCGAAAGAUAAGGGGCUGUCAAAGUCAGAUUUGGGUCGACUUCCAGUUGUAUCGUAUAAGAAGACAGUAGGCCAGGAGAUUGAGGAAUGUAACAUCUGUAUGACAGAUUAUGAGGAUGGGGACAGCCAGAAAAUUCUUCCUUGUUUUCAUUCAUUCCACUGUCUUUGUAUUGAUAAAUGGAUAAAGAAAAAUGCAACUUGUCCAAUAUGCCGUGUUGAAGUUAAAGUGAAUUCUCCAUGAGAAACUACCUCAGAACUGUCCCGCCAUGUGAUACUAGACAAUCUUUACAUAUACCUGUGAAGCCACAUUGUGAAACUUGUGAAAGAUUAACUGUUUGUUAAUAUAUCCUUAAUUAGUGAAUACACUUCAUAUAUUGUAGCAGAAGGAAAUGUGUUACCUGUGUUCAUUUUCGUGCUUAAUCUAUUCAUUGUAUUCAGUAAGCCAUGUCACCAUUGAUUUCCAGUUCAUGUAGUUCUGCAUGCGAGGAUCAAUUUUUUUCUGCAGUAAAGAAUUUAACCUGAUUAAAACGUAGGAUACUGUGGGAUUGUGCAUGCGCCAACCCCCCCCCCCCCCCAAGUGGUGGGGGCAUAUAUUUGCUCUUGUCCGUCCUUCCUAGAAUGUUGUGUCGCGCCUAGCUCCAAAAGUAUUUGACGUAGAGUCACAAAACUUUACAGGAAUGUUUGUCAGCAUGUGUAGUUGUGCACCUGUGGUUUUGCAUCCGGAUUCAUUCAGUCGUUUAGGAGUUAUGGCCCCUGACUUUGUAAAAAUUGGUCAUUUUAGUAUUGUGUUGCGUCUAGCUCCAAAAGUAUCUGACGUAGAGUCACAAAACUUUACAGGAAUGUUGGCCAGCAUGUGUAGUUGAGCACCUGGGGUUUCGCGUCCGGAUUCAUUCAGUAUUGUAGGAGUUAUGGCCCCUGACUUAGUUAAAAAUUGGUCAUUUUAAUGUUGUGUUGCACGUAGCUCCAAAAGUAUUUGACCUACAGUCACCAAAGUUUACAGGAAUGUUGGUCAGCAUGUGCAGUUGUGCACCUGGGGUUUCGCGUCUGGAUUCAUUCAGUCAUGUAGGAGUUAUGGCCCCUGACUUAGUUAAAAAUUUGUUAUUUUAAUGUUGUGUCGGGCGUAGCUCUAAAAGUAUUUGACCUAGAGUCACCAAAGUUUACAGGAAUGUUGGUUAGCAUGUGCAGUUGUGCACCUGGGGUUUCGCGUCUGGAUUCAUUCAAUAUUGUAGGAGUUAUGGCCCCUGACCUAGGAAAAAAUUGUCUUUUUAAUGUUCUGUCGUGCAUAGCUCUGUAAAUAUUUUACCUAUAGUCAUUAUUUCACUACACAAAAUCAGACUUCUUGUCCAGACUUACAAAAAAAAAAAAUGAGUUUGUGAAACAUGUAUGUUAAAAUGUUAAAAUGUUCUUGACCUAGAAUCAUAAAACAUUAGAGGAUUGUUUUAUAGCCUAUGAAGUGUUCUCUUUAGGAUUUUACCCAGCUAGGCCAGAGUUAUGGUCAACUAAGUGAAAAAUACACAUAAGGUUCUUAAAAGUUCGUGUUGCAAACAUCUUAAAAAUUGUUUAACCUGAGUCAUUAAACCAUGUUACAGUGGUAGGGGUGGGGGCACCUGUGUCCUAUGGACACACAUCUAGUUGCUGAACUGAUUGAAAAAUUCCGAUCAUGAAUAAAGUCUGUGAAAAAAAAACACAAUUUUGAUGGCGUUUUCUUGUGCAGAUAAAUGCUGGAAUGUUGCUAUUGAAUCUUGUCAUAGUGUUUAGCCUGACUAUUUGAAAUAAGGAGAGCUGACUCACCACAACAUCAGCGUCGGUGUCACACCCUGGUUAAGUUUUUCAUACCAGUCCACAAAACCUCUUGUCAUAUAGCUUUGAAACUUUCAACACAUGUGUACCAUCACCAUGUCCAAUUUUAGGCAAGAGAGUACAUAACUUGUCAAGGAUUUUGACUGAAUUAUGGCCCCUUUUAACUUACAAUCUUGAAAAUUUUUCGUACCAGUUCAUAUUUUGUGUAAACUGACAUGGCUUUGAAACUUUUAUCACUUGUUUAUUAUAGGCCUAACUAAAGUAAAGGAACCAGCAUAGGAGCCAUCUGGUCUAGUUGUCUAAUGGCUGCCAGGUAUUUGAACACUAAUUUUUCACUUGGCAUGGCAACAGAGGUCUAAAUUAAAGCUAGUUUCUGUUUAAAUUUCAUUGUGGAUGUGUUUUUGACAUUUUGGUAGGAAAAAUGGGAGAGCAGGUUGUAUUUGGUGAAGUGAAGCUCAAUUUUAGUAUGAGUAGUACUUCCAGGUCAGAGCAGUGUGAUUUUGUUGUGAUUUUACAGUAAGCAGAUGUGACCAGAGAAAUCUCUCUUAGAAGAUACAUGACCCUACUUUUCUCUUCAUUUUAUAUCAGUUUUAUCAUAACUCUUUAAAGUGAGGUAAGGAUUUGUUCUCUGAAAUGGGUCUAGCUAUGUUUGGUAGCUCUUUAAAAAAUGUCAGUUUUAUAUAGAAUAUAUAGGGAAAACUAUUUACCUGUUUGUGACCUAUAACAGUCUCUGUCUGUAGGCAAGAGUAUAUAACUCUGUCAAGUAUUUUGGCUCGGGCUGAAUUAUGGCUCUUUUUAGACCUGGAAAUUGGUCCAGUUUUUGAACAAAUCCACGUUUUGUCAAAACUAUUCGGUAUGUGGCUUUAAGACUUUGAACACUUGUUCAUUGUCAUGAUCUCCAUCUGUAGUCAAGGGUAUGUAACUAUAGUAAAGAUACUUGGCUGAAUUUUGGCUGUUUUUGGACUUUGAAAUCAGUUAAGUUUUUCGUACCAGCCCAUUUUUUGUCUAAGCUGUUUGACAUAUGGCUUUGAAACUUUGACAACUUGUUUACCAUCAUAGUCUUCAUAUGUAGGCAAGACUACAUAACUAGGACAAGGAUUUUGGCUUAGUUAUGGCCCUUUUUUGACAUAGAAAUUACUUGACUUUCGUGUACCAUUCCAUAUUUUUUCAAGACUUUAAUAUAUGCCUUUGAAUCUUUGAACACUUGCUUUCCAUCAUGGUCUCUAUGUGUAGGCCAAAGGAAAUAACUUUUCUACUCACAUCUUUUUAGCUGGACCAUUAGAAAAAUAACUAGGAACCCAUACUUACAUCAACUGUUUGAAUAGUUGAGCACGCUGUCAACAGACAGCUCUUGUUACUUCAUAUUUUCUAUCAUUAGGUGAAAAGAAAGUCAUAUUUUCUAUCAUUAGAUGAAAGAAAGUUGCCACUGAUUAAAGAAAAUUGAUUUAUGACAUCAUUUGGAAAUAUAAGAUGCAAAACUUUUGUCAUUAAUAUUUAUGCCCUUUCCCCCACAUUUGAGGACAGUAUAUUGUUUUCUUGCCUGUUAUUUGGUAGACCAUCUGGUUUCAGAUUGAUAACUAGAGAUCUUGGGCCUACAGUAGUCAAACGUCAUGUGAUGAUUGCCUGUGGCCAUUAGAUGACCAGUGUUGUAAUGGGGUCUAGUAGAUCAAAGGUUGAAGUCAAAGCAGGCCUAUAACUUUAGAACAGAUUAGGGCCGAGACCUCCAAAUUUAAAAGGUUGACUGUGUAUUACUGUUGGAUGACCCCAAUUGUUUUGGGGUCAGUAGGUCAAGGUUACAGUAACCUUGAGAAUAAAAAUAUUUUCAGAUGAAAUAUUGGAGGUGUCCGAAUCUAUGACAUUCAGACUACAUUGAAUGAUUACCUGUUUUCAAUAGAUGGCCCCCAAUUGUUAAUGGAGCCAAAGGUCAAGCGUACAGUUACAACCUAACAAUUUGGUUUCUGGUAAAUAACUAGAGAAUGCUUGGGCCUAAAACAACCAAACUUUAUAAAAUGAUUGCCUUUUCUCAGAUUAAGAAAUCAGUUGAUCAAAGGUUAAGGCCACUGUUACCUUGACUGAGACUAAAAUGGCUUUCUGGUGAAUACUCGAGUCUACAUUCAUCUAACUCCAUUGAAUGAUUGGCUAUGCCUAUUGUUUUGGGGAACAUUUGGUCAGUGUCACAGUAUACUUCAGCCAGAACACAUAGGUUUCUUCAAAGUACCACCUUUGUGGGUAUAUGUGUUUAGCAAAGUUAACAUCUCUUUUUGAUCUUUAAAAAGAAUAUUGCUUAAUUUAUAAACGUUAUAAAUUACUGCUUUUUUAAGGUAUAUAUUAUGUUUCAACUUUCUGGAUCUUGGUUUUAUUCUCAAUAAUCUAAAUAUAUGACAAAGCCGUAAGUUUAGUUUAACAGAUGGCCAAAAGUCUUUCAAGAUAACACUUGUGUUAAUGUUUACAAACAGAUUUUUGGAGGAAGAGUUGAUAUAAAGGUUUUAUAAGUUUUGUUGUGAAAUUUAGUAGGAUAGAUAUUUUUCUGGCUCUUAAAACAUGAGAAGAGAUUGCAUUAAAUGAUCUUGCAUUUUUUAUGUCCCCUUCCCCCAUCCACCCCCAUUCGAAAAAGGGACAGUACUUUGUUUUGCUCAUGUCAGUCAAUCCAUUGAUUGAUGCUUUGAUUUUCCAAUCAGUAACUAGAGUAUACUUUGGUGUACAGUCUGUAGGGUGACUGCUGGUGUUCAGUAGAUGACAGGUAGUAAAAGGCCGCGGUCACAGUAACCUGAACACCAAACUGUUUCUUGUAAAUGCCUGAAGAAAUGUUUUGUCAGUGGUCAAACUUCAUAUAUGAUUGUGUUUGACGUCUUUUGCUUUAAGGUCAGUAGGUCAAGGUCGCAGUGAUGUCGAAAUUGAAAAUAACUAGAGAAUGCUUUGGCCUGCGGUAGUUGAACACUUCAUAGGAUGAUUGCCUGUUGUAAUUCGGUAACCGUAUUGUUUUUAGGGUCGGACAUUUAGCUGUAAAGAUUAUGUUAGUUCACUUAAUUGUGUGUGACUAAACCUUACUCAUUUAUGUAACAUUAACAUGCGAGAUGUGUUGAUUUCACAAAUAAAGUUAUAGACAUGUAUUAUAUAAAAUUUUAUAUCUUAAAAAUGCACAGUAUUUCUUUAACCAUAAAAUUGUCGAGUUUGUGUGAACAAACAACGCUGUAUGUUAGGCUUAAAAUACUACACACAUGAUGUAUAAGUAAACACAGUAUGAAUGUGUAAUCUGAAGUUUUCUAACAAUUGGCUGUUACUAGGUAUGGUAUAGGUGUGACUGAUGCAUAAACAGGUUAUACAUGUAGACUAGUUAUAUAUGUUUGAUCAGGAUUUUGUUGAAUUAAAUCAGCACUGGAAUAUUGCCGUCUCUAGUGCCCAGACUCUCAGCACUGGAAUAUUGCUGUCUCUAGUGCCCAGACUCUCAGCACUGGAAUAUUGCUGUCUCUAGUGCCCAGACUCUCAGCACUGGAAUAUUGCUGUCUCUAGUGCCCAGACUCUCAGCACUGGAAUAUUGCCGUCACCAGACUCUCAGCACUUGAAUAUUGCCGUCCCUAGUGCCCAGACUCUCAGCACUGGAAUAUUGCCGUCUCUAGUGCCCAGACUCUCAGCACUGGAAUAUUGCCGUCUCUAGUGCCCAGACUCUCAGCACUGGAAUAUUGCCGUCUCUAGUGCCCAGACUUGCAGCACUGGAAUAUUGCCGUCUCUAGUGCCCAGACUCUCAGCACUGGAAUAUUGCCGUCUCUAGUGCCCAGACUCUCAGCACUGGAAUAUUGCCGUCUCUAGUGCCCAGACUCUCAGCACUGGAAUAUUGCCGUCUCUAGUGCCCAGACUCUCAGCACUGGAAUCUUGCUGUCUCUAGUGCCCAGACUCUCAGCACUGGAAUAUUGCUGUCUCUAGUGCCCAGACUCUCCAGUAAUUCAUGUGCUCUUAAAGACAUUUUCCGAUAUCAAUGUAUGAGUCUAUGCCUUGAAGCGUGGGAUAUCCUGACCAAUUUGCUCAUCUUGUGAAAGCAAGUGAUCUGUGUUUUGCUGUAUCAGAUAAUGAAAUAUUUUGGUGAGAGAUCAGCAUUGUAUGUCUUUAAUUUUUCUCAUAUGUUGGGAUAAUUUGGUCACAACUGGUUUUGGCUUAUUAGUUUUGUUUCUUUUCAGUAAUACAUUUUACUAUGAUACAUAGCCAAUGUAAAAUAUAGUGAUAUAACCUAUUUGAAUGUCUAAAUCAGCUAUAUAUGCUAUAUUCAUGCAUCAAAAGAUUUUUUGCAAUAAAACAUUUUCGGUUAA